UCAGUAAAAGAGGAAAAAGCACAAAACAUGAAAAAGAGAAGGCUUAAAUGGAACAGCUUCAGUCAGCAGGUGCUGCUAUUGGCCGGUAUGUUGGUAAUGGAUUGGGUGAGACGGAGACAGAGUGUUUGCACAGUGAAGUCAGUGAAGAAAAGGGUGAUGAUAAUACUGAAGAUGCUGAAGUACAAUGUGACAUAGAUUAUAUGAAUGAGAAUAGAAGUAAUGAUGCUCAUCCUCUUUUGAUUUUCUAUGAUUGUGAAACAACUGGGUUCAGUGUCUAUAAUGAACACAUUACUGAGAUUGCUGCUAAGGUAGUGGGUGUCCUGUUGUCUUUAUUCAGUCAGCCAAUCUUUUCAAGUAUCAUAAAGACAAGCAGAAAUAUAUCAAAGAAAGUGUCUGAUGUAACGGGCGUGGUUGCACAUUCCAUAUUUCAAAAACACAUUCCAGUGAAAAACUCAGUCUGAAAGUAUCAGACUGAGACCAAAUUUGGAAUACAGCCUCCUUAUAUGGAAACACAGACCGUAAC